UAGAAGCGUUGAAGCUGGAGCAACGCGGCGGGUGGGGCGCCGGGAUUCGCUGAGAAGGUGUCGGUUACCGAGUCUAAUCUUUUUUACUUCAAGGAGCAGAAGCCGCGACGGCGGCUUUUUCCUAGGCUUUGGCCAGACUCAGGUCCCGGGUUAUAAACGACCAUGGCUCAGAGAGACGCUGACAAAUACCUCUAUGUGGAUAAAAAUCUUAUCAACAACCCUCUUGCUCAGGCUGACUGGGCAGCAAAGAAGUUGGUGUGGGUCCCAUCAGAGAAGAAUGGGUUUGAGCCUGCCAGCUUGAAGGAAGAAGUAGGAGAUGAAGCUAUUGUGGAGCUUGCAGAGAAUGGGAAGAAAGUGAGAGUAAACAAAGAUGAUAUUCAAAAGAUGAACCCACCCAAGUUCUCUAAAGUGGAAGACAUGGCAGAACUGACCUGUCUGAAUGAAGCAUCAGUGCUGCACAAUCUAAAGGAACGAUACUAUUCAGGACUUAUCUAUACUUACUCAGGCCUGUUCUGUGUUGUCAUAAAUCCCUACAAGAACUUGCCUAUCUAUUCAGAAGAAAUUGUGGAUAUGUACAAAGGCAAAAAGAGACAUGAAAUGCCCCCUCACAUUUAUGCUAUUACAGACACUGCCUACAGAAGUAUGAUGCAAGAUAGAGAGGAUCAGUCCAUUCUCUGCACAGGUGAAUCUGGAGCUGGGAAGACAGAGAACACCAAGAAGGUGAUUCAGUAUUUGGCUCAUGUUGCUUCAUCACAUAAGACCAAAAAAGAUCAAGGAGAGCUUGAAAGGCAGCUUCUUCAGGCCAAUCCUAUACUGGAAGCCUUUGGGAAUGCCAAAACGGUUAAGAAUGACAAUUCUUCGAGAUUUGGGAAAUUCAUUAGAAUCAACUUUGACGUAAAUGGCUACAUUGUUGGAGCCAAUAUUGAAACUUAUCUGUUGGAGAAAUCGCGAGCAAUACGUCAGGCCAAAGAAGAGCGGACAUUCCACAUCUUCUACUACUUGCUGAGUGGUGCAGGGGAACAUUUGAAAAAUGAUUUGCUGUUGGAACCCUACAAUAAGUAUCGCUUCCUUUCCAAUGGACAUGUUACAAUUCCAGGCCAGCAGGAUAAGGACAUGUUUCAGGAGACGAUGGAGGCAAUGCGGAUCAUGAGCAUUCCAGAUGAUGAACAGAUGGGUCUGCUAAGAGUGAUCUCUGGUGUCCUUCAGCUUGGGAAUAUUGUCUUCAAGAAGGAGCGUAACACAGAUCAGGCUUCUAUGCCAGACAAUACAGCUGCUCAGAAAGUUUCUCAUCUUUUGGGUAUCAACGUGACAGACUUCACUAGAGGAAUUCUCACUCCUCGAAUCAAAGUUGGCCGGGAUUAUGUCCAAAAAGCACAGACUAAAGAGCAAGCUGACUUUGCCAUUGAGGCUUUGGCCAAAGCCACUUAUGAACGCAUGUUCCGCUGGCUGGUGAUGCGCAUCAACAAGGCCUUGGAUAAGACAAAGAGACAAGGAGCAUCUUUCAUAGGCAUCCUUGACAUUGCUGGCUUUGAAAUCUUUGAACUGAAUUCAUUCGAACAGUUAUGCAUUAACUAUACAAAUGAGAAGCUGCAACAGCUCUUCAACCACACUAUGUUUAUCUUGGAGCAAGAAGAAUACCAGCGUGAGGGCAUUGAAUGGAAUUUCAUUGACUUUGGCUUGGAUCUGCAGCCCUGCAUUGAUCUUAUAGAAAAACCGGCGGGUCCUCCAGGGAUACUUGCUCUGCUGGAUGAGGAGUGUUGGUUCCCAAAGGCUACUGAUAAAAGCUUUGUGGAAAAGGUGGUACAGGAGCAGGGUACACACCCUAAAUUCCAGAAACCCAAACAACUGAAAGACAAAGCGGACUUCUGCAUUAUACACUAUGCUGGAAAGGUUGAUUAUAAAGCAGAUGAGUGGCUGAUGAAGAACAUGGAUCCCCUCAAUGAUAAUGUGGCUACCCUGCUACACCAGUCCUCAGAUAAAUUUGUGUCUGAAUUGUGGAAAGAUGUUGAUCGCAUAGUUGGGCUGGAUCAGGUUGCUGGCAUGUCAGAUUCUGCAUUGCCUGGAGCCUUCAAGACCAGGAAGGGCAUGUUCCGCACAGUAGGACAGCUGUACAAAGAACAACUUGCCAAGCUGAUGGCCACCCUGAGGAACACUAACCCAAACUUUGUCCGUUGCAUCAUCCCCAACCAUGAGAAGAAGGCUGGGAAACUGGACCCACACUUAGUCUUGGAUCAGCUUCGUUGCAAUGGAGUAUUGGAGGGAAUCCGAAUCUGCAGGCAAGGUUUUCCCAACAGGGUUGUCUUCCAGGAGUUCAGACAACGAUAUGAAAUCCUGACUCCAAAUGCUAUUCCAAAAGGGUUCAUGGAUGGAAAGCAAGCCUGUGUGUUGAUGAUCAAAGCCUUAGAACUGGACCCAAACCUUUACCGAAUUGGACAGAGCAAAGUGUUUUUCCGAGCAGGUGUCCUUGCCCACCUUGAAGAGGAAAGAGACUUGAAAAUCACAGAUGUCAUUAUUGGAUUCCAAGCAUGCUGUAGAGGCUAUUUGGCUAGAAAAGCUUUUGCGAAGCGCCAGCAGCAACUGACGGCAAUGAAGGUACUCCAAAGAAAUUGUGCUGCCUACCUGAAGCUUCGCAACUGGCAGUGGUGGAGACUCUUUACAAAGGUGAAGCCUUUGCUGCAAGUGAGCCGCCAAGAGGAGGAGAUGCUGGCCAAGGAAGAAGAAUUGAUGAAAGUGAAGGAAAAACAGGUGGCUGCUGAAAACAGAGUGAUUGAAAUGGAAGCGCUCCAGACACAGCUCAUGGCAGAGAAGAUGCAGUUGCAAGAGCAGUUGCAAGCAGAGAUAGAGCUCUGUGCUGAGGCGGAGGAGAUCAGGGUCCGCCUAACCAACAAAAAGCAGGAGCUGGAAGACAUAUGCCAUGAUUUGGAGGCAAGAGUGGAGGAAGAGGAGGAGCGGUGCCAGCAGCUCCAAGCUGAGAAAAAGAAAAUGCACCAGAAUAUCCAGGAGCUUGAAGAGCAGUUGGAAGAAGAGGAAAGUGCCAGGCAGAAGCUACAGCUGGAGAAAGUAACCACUGAAGCCAAGCUAAAAAAGCUGGAGGAAGACCUGAUGGUUCUUGAAGAUCAGAACUCCAAAUUUGCCAAGGAGAAGAAACUAUUGGAAGAUAGGAUUUCAGAAUUCACAACCAACCUAACUGAGGAGGAAGAGAAGUCAAAGAGUUUAGCUAAACUCAAGAACAAGCAUGAAGCUAUGAUAACAGAGCUGGAAGAGCGCCUGCGCAGGGAAGAAAAACAGCGGCAAGAGUUGGAGAAGACCCGCAGGAAGCUAGAAGGAGACUCUACAGAUUUGCAUGAUCAGAUAGCGGAACUCCAAGCUCAAAUAGCAGAGCUCAAAAUGCAGCUAGCCAAGAAAGAGGAGGAGCUGCAGGCUGCUUUGGCUCGGGUGGAAGAAGAGGCUGCUCAGAAGAAUAUGGCUCUGAAGAAGAUCCGUGAGCUGGAGUCUCAGCUAACAGAGCUCCAGGAGGACCUGGAGUCUGAGCGAGCUGCCAGGAAUAAAGCUGAGAAGCAGAAGCGAGAUCUGGGUGAAGAACUUGAAGCUCUGAAGACAGAGCUAGAGGACACACUUGACUCAACUGCAGCACAGCAGGAACUCAGGUCGAAACGUGAGCAAGAAGUGACUCUUCUCAAGAAGACCCUUGAUGAUGAGGCAAAGGCCCACGAGGCUCAGAUCCAGGAGAUGAGGCAGAAACAUGCCCAGGCUGUAGAAGAGCUGGCAGAGCAGUUGGAGCAGACCAAACGGGUAAAAGUGAAUCUUGAAAAAGCCAAGCAGGCUCUGGAAAGUGAACGGGCUGAACUGUCCAAUGAGGUGAAGGUCCUCCUGCAGACCAAAGGAGACACUGAGCACAAGCGGAAGAGGGUUGAAACUCAGCUCCAAGAACUACAAGUGAAAUUUACAGAAGGAGAGAGAGUACGAACUGAGCUGGCUGAGAAAGUUAACAAACUGCAGGUUGAAUUGGACAAUGUCACUGGUCUUCUGAAUCAGUCUGAUAGCAAGUCAAUUAAAUUAGCCAAAGAUUUCUCUACCCUGGAGUCACAGCUGCAGGACACCCAGGAGCUGCUUCAGGAAGAAACACGUCAGAAACUGAGCCUCAGCACCAAGCUAAAACAGAUGGAAGAUGAAAAAAACAGCUUCAAAGAGCAGCUAGAAGAGGAGGAGGAGGCAAAGAGGAACUUUGGAAAACAGAUCUCUGCUCUUCAGCUUCAGAUUUCGGAAAUGAAGAAGAAAAUGGAUGAUAGUGUAGGUUGUCUGGAAUCAGUGGAAGAAGCAAAGAAGAAGCUUCAGAAAGAUCUGGAGGCCAUGAGCCAACGUUAUGAGGAGAAGGCAGCUGCCUAUGACAAGCUGGAAAAGACAAAGACUAGACUCCAGCAAGAAUUAGAUGAUCUUGCUGUGGACUUAGAUCACCAGCGGCAAAUUGUCUCCAACUUGGAGAAGAAACAAAAGAAGUUUGAUCAGCUUCUGGCAGAGGAGAAAACAAUCUCUGCAAAAUAUGCCGAAGAACGGGAUCGUGCUGAAGCAGAAGCACGUGAGAAGGAAACGAAAGCCCUCUCCUUGGCUAGAGCCCUUGAGGAAGCCAUAGAACAGAAGGCUGAGCUAGAGCGUCUCAAUAAGCAGUUCCGGACAGAGAUGGAAGAUCUGAUGAGUUCAAAGGAUGAUGUUGGCAAGAGUGUUCAUGAGUUGGAGAAGUCAAAACGGGCUCUGGAGCAGCAGGUGGAAGAGAUGAAGACGCAGCUGGAAGAACUGGAGGAUGAGCUUCAGGCAACAGAGGAUGCCAAAUUGCGCCUGGAAGUGAACCAGCAAGCCAUGAAGGCACAAUUUGAGCGGGACCUGCUGGCUCGUGAUGAACAGAAUGAAGAAAAGAGAAAGCAGCUGACGAGACAGGUGCGAGAAAUGGAAGUGGAACUGGAAGAUGAGAGAAAGCAACGCUCUAUAGCUGUGGCAGCAAGAAAGAAGUUGGAAAUGGAUCUAAAGGAUCUGGAAGCCCAUAUAGACUCUGCGAAUAAGAAUCGUGAUGAGGCCAUCAAACAGCUCCGGAAGUUGCAGGCCCAAAUGAAGGAUUGCAUGCGAGAGCUGGAUGACACACGUGCCUCUAGAGAAGAAAUUUUGGUACAAGCCAAAGAGAAUGAAAAGAAGUUGAAGAGCAUGGAGGCAGAGAUGAUUCAAAUGCAAGAGGAACUUGCAGCUGCUGAACGUGCCAAGCGCCAGGCUCAGCAGGAGAGGGACGAGUUGGCUGAUGAGAUUGCCAACAGUAGUGGAAAAGGAGCUCUGGCCUUAGAGGAGAAGCGACGCUUGGAGGCUCGGAUAGCUCAGCUGGAGGAAGAACUGGAGGAAGAGCAGAGCAAUACAGAACUGGUGAAUGAUCGCCUCAAGAAAGCGAAUCUUCAGAUUGACCAGAUAAAUACCGACCUGAAUGCAGAGCGUAGUAAUGCCCAGAAAAAUGAAAAUGCUCGCCAGCAAGCUGAGCGUCAGAACAAGGAACUUAAAGCCAAGCUUCAAGAGAUGGAGGCUGCUGUGAAGUCUAAAUAUAAGUCUAGUAUCACUGCUUUGGAGGCAAAGAUAGCGCAGCUGGAAGAACAGCUGGAUGCUGAGACAAAAGAGCGGCAGGCUGCUAGCAAGCAGGUGCGACGUACAGAGAAGAAGCUGAAGGAUGUUGUCCUGCAAGUGGAGGAUGAGAGGCGUAAUGCUGAGCAGUACAAAGACCAGGCAGACAAGGUGAAUGCACGCUUGAAGCAGCUGAAACGCCAACUAGAAGAGGCAGAAGAAGAGGCACAGCGAGCCAAUGCAGCUCGCAGAAAGCUACAGCGGGAGUUGGAGGAUGUCACUGAAACUGCUGAUGCCAUGAACCGAGAGGUCAGCUCCCUGAAGAGCAAGCUCAGGCGUGGGGAUAUGCCAUUUGUUGUGCCCCGCAGGAUUGCCAGGAAGGGCACAGGCGAAGUAUCUGAUGAGGAAGUGGAUGGCAAGACAGAUGGUGGUGAUGCCAAAGCUACUGAAUAGAGCUGCUUCUUGGAUCCAGGUCACACACGAUGGAGUGACACACUCUCCCUUUGUCCAGUGGACUUCUGCAAACCCUUCGGCCAGGGAAAGUGAAGCACAUCUGUCAGAAUGUUCCCUGGAAUAUUUGGAGCCAUCAGACGUUAGUGUUGUUGCUCCCAGUUUCUAAACUCUUUUGUCUCCAAUGCCAAAGAGUCUGCCGUCUGAUUUGAUCUGGGAGCCACAGCUGCCUGCAGCAUGUAUUGUCCUUGCCAUGGCUGCCAGUGAAAUUUUGUAGUUUGGCAAAUGGGUGGGUGGGAUGAGGGAGAGACUAUUUCUUGUUGCUGUAAAUCAGUUAUUUUCUUCCAAUAAGGAGUUUGUGAUAGAUGCAGGGAUCACCCUUCACCCUUUCCCCUUCCUCUUGUUUGCUUUUGGCAAUCAUGUUCAGUGACCUCACACUUUACUCUUCAGUCUGCUCACUUAGCCAGUUUGGGAGCCAUGAUGAACAGGAAAAACAAGGAUCCCCAGCAUGACCCCCCAAGUGUUAGACACCAGUCUUGGGGAUGGAUGGAUGAAAGGGGAGGGACAUCUUGUAGGAGAAUUUUUGCAAGUUCCUUUUUCCUUGUGGAUAAUGUCUCUGCAGAUCUGAAGUGCAAUGGUGUCUGUUUUAGUGUCUAAGAUAAUGUGGACCAGUGGUUAGUGACAAGUCAAGGAAGCAGGAAAGCUUUCCUCUGUGCUUGUUGCAGAAUCUAUUUGGGACCAAAUAUAUUUAAUGGUUACACACAGGAUCUAUUGGGUUGGAAUGGAGUGUAGGCAAGGAAGUGCUUCUUUGUUGUAACGUCCAAGCCUCUAGUUCUAUAAUCAGGGGGUGGGUUUAGUUAUUCUGCACAGUGACUUAAGAGUAUAUUAAAGAAGAAAAAAUACUUUUAAUCUGCACAGAUUAUAUGUUGAAGGCCUUUGUAUCUCUUGUAAUUAAGAAAAAUAAAGGUCUUUAUCACUGCCUUUCUAUGGGGACUGCGGUUAUAUAGAUAGUCUUUACUUUUCUACACUGUACACUGGUUGCUGGAUUUACCUGUAUACUUAACCAUACUGUAUAUGCUGCAUUUAGACUUCUGAGCAAGUGACAAAUUAAAAUAAGAAUCUUCUACACUUUAUGGUUGCUGCCUUCACUCUGGGAAUCUCCUGCCCAAUUGCUGUCACAAACAAAUUUGCCGAUUUUUUAUAUAAUAAGUGCCUUAGCAUGUGCCUCAGCUAUGUCUCCACUACAGUCAAUAAUGGAUUACAGGUGCUCCUCUAACAAUAAAGAUUAUCCAUGUGCUACAG